UGCAAGACGCUGACAGAGACAUGGCUUUCUGGAAAAGAAAGGACGAGUACCAUAUGGGCCAGAUUCAGGGAUACAAAAGGACUCCCUGGAAUCCAGCAGUAAUGCCCUUACUCAAUGGGUGAGCAAGGUUUGUGGGGGGGAUUAGUAAGGGCCCCCCUGUUCUACCUGUUAAUAUCUUUAAAGGCCAAGUAAAGAGAGGUAGGAAUAAAACAAGCCACCAGAACCAUGCUUUGGUUGUGUUCACUUGCCUCCAGGUGGGAAGAAGAAAUGUCAUAGUGACAAUGGGACAGCAAGUCCUGUAGCCAGAAGGCAGUAUGAGUCCCCUGAUACUGAAAUAAAUGGUGUCAGCAGUAAAGAUAUAGAGCUUUAGACAGACUAAAAACAUUAGAAGUUCAUUUGGUUGCACUGUACUUGUGACUGCUUAGAACUGGAAGUAAAUGCACAGCCCUGAUUACUGGUGCAGAAUCACCCUCUUCUUCUGUACCCCCUGGGGCCCUCCCUCUCCCUUAACCUUGACCUCAGCUCCUUUAAAGAUUAUGGGGCCUGGCCCAAGGCCUCCCUGUCCCCAAGGGCAACUGGAGGCCAUACACACCCAUCUGAGUGUGUUGGGAAACUUUGGGGAAAGAUGGGCAUCAAACUUUUAAGUUCUGUUGGACACAGGUAACCGACACAUGACAUCCCAAUUGAUAGAAGUUGGGCUGGGUGUACCGGAGGGAAGGGAAGCUAACAUGACUUUGUGAAUAGGGUGCUUUAGGCAGAUUCAAUGGGUUGUUCUUGUUGCUUCUACAUAGGAAUCUAUAGUAUGAAUUGACGUUUUAUAUGCUUGUACUUCCCUGUGCCAUAAGUUACCAGAGGGGAUUCUUCUGAUCAGGAAGAGCCUCAUGUAUAGAAGUGUUAGUGGGAUAAUUAACUGGCAUUUGCCACCAGUGAAUUAGCUGGGAUUCAGCAUAAAUGGCUGUACCCUCUAACGCCCAAAGUUUUCUCUGUGCAGAUGAUAUCCUUUUGCUUAGCAAGUCAGAAGCCCGAGUUUCAAUGGUCCUGACUGUGGUAUUACCACAUGUCUGCCAGCAGGGGUGGCUGAUAAACCCUGACAAAAUUCAGGGACCUGCUCACUGAUUGAAGCUUUUGGGACCAUGGAGGGAUUCACAAUGUUCCAUCAGUUAAGGAAAAUCUACUGUUUCUAGCCAAUCGCCACCAAAAAGGAGACCCAGCACCUAAUUGUACUUUUUGGGUAUUAGAGACAGUAUGUGCCUCACUUGGGCAUUUGUCUUGCUCCUUUAUAUGGGCUAACUUGAAAAUUAGCACCCUGUGAGUAGGGCUCAAAGAAAAAAAAAAACUAACAAUAAGUCUGUUAUUAACCCUUUGAGCUACAAGUCUCUGUGACUGAUGAUUUUGCUGAUUGGAGGAUCUGAUGAAGAGAGACAGCCUUCACCUGGAGGUGCCCCUUGGGAUUUUUGACUUGUUGCCCCCUGACAUGGCUACCAGAGAAGAGAAGAAACACACAUGGGGAAGAAAACCAUGUGAGGAUGGAGGUAGAUACUGCAGUUAUGCAGCCACAAGUCAAGAAAUGCCUGGAGCUACCAGAAGCUGGAAGAGGCAAAGAACGAUUCGUCCCUAGACCCUUCAGAGGAAGUACAUCCCUGAUGACACCUUGACUUCGGCCUGCACAACAUUUCAAAUAGGACAGUAGUCAAAGAAGUAGAAUUCGGGAUGUGCACUGUUACGUGUGGUGUUGGUAUGAGAGAAGUUAUACUAACAAAUGGAUGCCCUGGAGGUGAAUCCAAGUGUAUCGUGCGGGUAGAAGAAUGCCGUGGACCAGUGGACUGUGGCUGGGGUAAACCAAUUUCAGAAAGUCUUGGAAGUGUUAGACUGGCAUGUAUUCAUAUAUCUCCUGUAAAUCGUUUCAAAUAUAUGUGGAAACUUCUAAGGCCAGACCAACAAGCCAUAAUACUUGCAAAUGAUUCAGCAAUCCUAGAAGUACAUAGGGAAGCCCAUCCCUUGGCUUUCGAGUGUGACACCUUGGAGAAUAAUGAACUAAUAGCAACUGUAAAAUUCACAGUCUAUACGCUGACUGAAUUGCAGAUAAGAAGAUCAAGCCAACCAGACACUGAUGCAGUACUAGUUUUUGUGCUGACCAUAGGAGUCAUUAUCUGUGUAUUCGUGAUCUUUGUGUUGAUCUUCAUAAUUGUAAAUUGGGCAGCAGUCAAGGCUUUCUGGGGGGCAAGAAGCUCCGCAGCUGAGAUACAAUCUGAGCUGAGUUCUGUGAGAUAUAAAGAUUCAAAUUCUCUUGACCAAGCACCAACAGAAAUACCUGUAGAAGACGAUGCUUUAAGUGAAUGGAAUGAAUGAUGUAUGGAUUAUUUUGACAAAUCAAAGGAUAUUAGAGCUUAUCAGAUUCAUUAUUAUACAAAUAAAAUAUAUACGGAAUACUUUAAUAAUGUUGCAGUAGAUUUACCACAGUCUGAAGGUGGUGCAGCAUGAGGAUAGGGCAGUUUUAAUCCAUCUUUGUGGUACAUUUAUCACAUAAUACUUUUAAUUUGUUCUCAGCACUCUGCAUUUCAGCUUGGGGACAUUUAUCUAGAGGUACAAACAACAAAUCUU